AUGGGUAGAGUCAUCAGAUCUCAGAGGAAGGGUGCCGGUAGCAUUUUCACCGCGCACACCAGAUUGCGAAAAAACCCAGCUCAAUUCAGAACCCUCGAUUAUGCUGAGCGUCAUGGAUACAUCCGGGGUAUCGUUAAGGAUAUAAUCCACGACUCCGGCCGUGGUGCUCCUCUGGCCACUGUCGAAUUCAGGGACCCAUACAGAUUCAAGACCCACAAGGAGACUUUCAUCGCCAAUGAAGGCAUGUACUCCGGCCAAUUCGUCUACGCCGGAAAGAAGGCCUCCCUCAACAUCGGCAACAUCCUCCCACUCUCCUCCUGCCCCGAAGGUACCAUCGUCACCAACGUUGAAGAACGCGCCGGUGAUCGUGGUACUCUCGGCCGUGCCUCCGGUACCUAUGUCACCAUCAUCGGCCACAACCCCGAUGAGGGAAAGACCCGUGUCAAGCUCCCAUCUGGUGCCAAGAAGGUCGUUCCAUCCACUUCCCGUGGUAUGAUCGGUCUCGUUGCCGGUGGUGGUCGUACCGACAAGCCAAUGUUGAAGGCUAGCAGAGCUAUGUGGAAGGCUAGGACCAAGAGGAACAACUGGCCCAGAACUCGUGGUGUUGCCAUGAACCCCGUCGACCAUCCUCACGGUGGUGGUAACCAUCAGCAUAUCGGUAAGGCCUCGACCAUCUCGAGGUUUGCAGCUCGUGGACAAAAGGCCGGUCUUAUUGCCGCCAGAAGAACAGGUCUGUUACGUGGUACCCAGAAGGUCAAGGACUCGUAA